AUGGCAUCUGUGUCAACCGCAAUGCGCGUGACGCAUGGGCUGGUGCGUUGGUCUCCGUGCAGUCUAUACCUGGCAUCUGCAGACAGCAACACUCUAGUCAUUCGAGAUGCUUUCUCGCUUCAAAUUAUACAACGCUACUCGACGUUGGGUGCGAUACAGAUGCUGUCCUGGUCUGAAGACUCCCAGUUCGUAUUGACCGCCUCACUCAAACGCGCUGUGGUGCAGCUCUGGUCUGUGCAAGAUGCGUCUUGGAAUUGCAAAAUUUCAGAAGUGUCCGAUUUUCAGCUACACGCGACCGUAUGGUCCCUUGAGGAUCCGACAACCCGCUGCUCCAUCCGUAAUCCAAAACUAGCAGCCGACGGUAUUAAAUUUACAAAGAAUGGGUUAUUUCUGGCAGUACUGGAGCGACACGACUGCAAAGACUCCAUCAGCAUUUAUAGCUGUGAGAGCUGGGAGCACACGGUUCAUUUCUCCGUCGACAGCUACGACUGCGCCGAAAUUGCAUGGUCAUCCGAUAACGCGACAAUCGCUGUGCGGGAUACCAACUUGGAAUUCAGACUUUUGGUUUAUUCGCUCGAUGGGACGCUUUUGACAAAGUACAAGGCUUAUGAAAACGCUUUGGGCUUGAAGAGUAUGGCGUGGUCGGCGUCAGGCCAGUUUCUUGCGCUUGAAAGUUUCGACAAUCACUUGCGUGUGCUGAGUCAUGUCAAUUGGAAACCUGUUGCGGACUUUGAUCACGAAAGUAUUGCCGUCACGACAUCACAUGCAAAUCACGCAGCGAUCGAAUACGAAGAAAGCUUCGUGGAUAGUGUCUUGAAUCGACCGCAAGGAAAGCGUGUUGCUGUGACACAGCGAAAAUCUGCACUGCUAUCAAAUUCGUUGCAGGCUGCUUCCGCGGCCUCACAGGCUGCCGGCGGCAAAAAGACUCGUAACAUUUGUUUUGUGACACGAAAGCCACCCUUUUCCGUUCGCACGAUCAGCUCCAAUCCAUUAUCAGAGAGUCCGAAAAUUGGCAAAAAUCAGGUUCUUUGGAGUGCUGACUCUUCAUAUCUUGCUAGCAAAUGUGAUCAAAUGCCGUACAAUGUGUGGAUUUGGCAAACAGAGACUUUACAAUUGCAUUCGGUUGUAUCGCUACUCGAGUCGGUCCGCAGUUUUCGAUGGGACCCCACUCACACGCGUCUUGCAAUCACAUCUGGAGUAAACCGUGUAUAUAUGUGGACAACCGAAGGCGUUUCAUGGAUUGACAUACCUUCUGAAUCGUUUCAAGCGCUGAGUCUUCAAUGGGCACCAUCUGGAGAUGCUUUUAUUGUUAUUGAUCGUCAGAGUUGUUGCCUCAUGACGCUUUAA